GGUGCAGGUAGGCCAAUUUCUCAGUAUAAAAGUCUACGAGUCCCAUGACCUUUUUGCAUCUUGACUUGAUUGUUGCUUGCUUCAUUAGAAGUUGUCGAGGACAAUAGCUCUUCCCUUCUCCUCGCUAGCAACUUACACCACCAACCACAUCUUCCUUUACCGCCGCCAUCAUGCGUCGCGCAAUCUCUCGCGGCCUGGGAGCCUCAAGCCGUUCUACUCCUGCUCUCUCUCGAGCCUCAAUUCUUACAUCCUCCAGCGGCCCAUCCCAUGUCGCUGCCAGGCGCAUUCAUGCCACGACCAAGCAGCUUCAGCCUGUGACGGCUGCAUUGGCUUCCACUGCCAGCAGCUAUCCUACCACGCACGCAAAGGUUGAGGUUGUCGAUACCCCCUACUUCAUCGACAACAAGUUCGUUGCCUCUACGGCCGAUAAAUACAUUGACCUGCACGAUCCUGCUACCAAUGAGCUCGUCACUCGCGUCCCCCAGAUGACCGAUGCCGAGAUGAAGGCUGCCGUCGAGAGCGCUGAGAAGGCUUUCAAGUCAUGGAAGAACACCAGUGUUAUCUCUCGACAGCAGAUCAUGUUCCGGUUCGUUCAGCUUAUUCGUGAGAACUGGGACCGCCUCGCUGCCAGCAUUACUCUUGAGCAGGGCAAGACUUUUGCUGAUGCCAAGGGUGACGUUCUCCGAGGUCUCCAGGUCGCCGAAGCUGCCGUUGCCGCCCCUGAGCUCCUCAAGGGUGAGGUCCUCGAGGUCGCUAAGGAUAUGGAGACCCGAACCUACCGCGAGCCCCUGGGUGUUACUGCUGCUAUCUGCCCCUUCAACUUCCCUGCCAUGAUUCCUCUCUGGUGCAUUCCCAUUGCCACUAUCACUGGUAACACACUUAUUCUUAAGCCCUCCGAGCGUGACCCUGGCGCUGCCAUGAUUAUUGCUGAGCUUGUCGAGAAGGCCGGUUUCCCUGCCGGUGUUGUUAACAUCAUCCAUGGUGCUCACCGCACUGUCGAUUUCAUCCUAGAUGAGCCUGCUAUCAAGGCCAUCAGCUUCGUCGGUGGCAACAAAGCCGGCGAGUACAUCUUCAGCCGUGGAUCUGCCAACGGCAAGCGUGUCCAGGCCAACCUGGGUGCCAAGAACCAUGCUGUCGUCUCACCUGAUGCCAACAAGAACCAGUUUAUCAACUCCAUCGUUGGUGCUGCUUUCGGUGCUGCCGGUCAGCGCUGCAUGGCCCUGAGCACCCUCGUCAUGGUCGGUGAGACCAAGGAGUGGCUCCACGACGUUGCUGAGCAAGCCAAGAACCUCAAUGUCAACGGCGGUUUCGAGCAGGGAGCCGAUCUCGGCCCUGUCAUUACCCCUCAGAGCAAGGAGCGCAUUGAGAAGCUCAUUGAUUCCGCUGAGAAGGAGGGCGCUACUAUUCUUCUCGACGGCCGUGGCUUCAAGCCCAGCAAGUACCCCAACGGCAACUGGGUUGGACCUACCAUCAUCACCAAUGUUACCCCUGACAUGACCUGCUACAAGGAGGAAGUAUUUGGUCCCGUUCUUGUCUGCCUCAACGCCGAGUCCAUUGAAGAUGCUAUCGACCUCGUCAACAAGAACGAGUACGGUAACGGUACUGCUAUCUUCACCAGGUCUGGCGCCACUGCUGAGAUCUUCCGCAAGAACAUUGAGGCCGGUCAGGUUGGUAUCAAUGUUCCUAUCCCUGUCCCCUUGCCCAUGUUCUCUUUCACCGGUAACAAGAAGUCCAUUGCCGGUGGCGGUGCCAACACAUUCUACGGAAAGCCUGGUAUCAACUUCUACACUCAACUCAAGACUGUUACGGCUCUGUGGCAGAGCGCUGAUGCCGUCGCUAAGAAGGCUGAUGUCUCUAUGCCCACCCAACAAUAAGUAUAGCAUGACUUGGAUAAGCGAAUUUCUAAUUUCUGGAAGCAAGCAAAAGGAGAAGGUGGAAAAUGGAUGGCUGAUGUGGAAUGAAUAUCAUAAUAACUAGCAAACAACAGGGGCAUAAACACCCGUUGCAUGAAAUUUCAAAAACAUUCAAAAUUUAAGAAACUGGGUUUUCUUCUUCGUGAUAUUAUAUUUUGGUGUUUCUCAACCUUGGUUUUCUUUCUUAUGGCUCUGUAACGAGAGUCAUCAGCAACCCUGGCAUAUAAAGACGCAACUUGACACAAUGGGUACAAUACUUCUCGUACUUCUCCACGCUCUCGAAAUGGGGUCCAGAAAGAAAUCCUGAGUGGCGUAUCUCUAUAAUGAGAAGUUGGAGGGAUCUGAACGACUUUUUAUAAAGGUGCAGAAGGAGCAGGUAAGAGGGAGCAACAGGAUGAGGAUACGGGCGAAGGACGAGGCAACUUUGCAGUGAAUUCCAUCGGGUGUUAUUUAAAAUGGUUCGCUCAUUACCAUGUUGACGAUCAAUGGGAUGUGCGAACUUGCGGCUGUCAACA